UGAAGAUAUUGUGAACAAAUCAGUAUGCACCCUCGAAAUGUAACCCACAUAAUCAAAAGAAGAAUUUUCGUGCUAAUAGUUUUUAUAAUUUUUGCUACAGCCUUCUAUUUACAAUUCUCGAAUAGCAUUAUAACUCUGCUGGAAGUAAAGUAUAAAAUUCCAUUUCAGUCUCCAACAUAUGACGUUAAACAACGUUAUCUGAUUGACACACCAAACUGUCAAAUACCUAAUUGGGAUCCAUUUGAUCCAUCUAUAAGAUCACUGAUCCAUCUAGUCUCGGAAAAGGAUGCUUGUAAAAAAAAAUAUUCGUUUUUAGAAGUUAAAAGCAAUGCCCAACUGGAAGUCAACGAAGUAACACUUCAAAAUAGCUACAACUUAUCUUACACAGAAAUUAGCUGUAAUUAUCAGCCAAUUUUACGAGACCAAGGACCACCUAAUAAAAGAACGGACGAUAAGUUCAAAUUUGGAUCUAGCAAAAACCUUACUUUUGGUAUGCCACUACAAGAAGAAUUUAUCAUCGUAAGGUGCUUCAAAGAGACUCAGCUUUUCCAUGAAGAGUACAUUCCACUUACUCCACUAAUUAAACGAGUAGAAAAAAAAUGCAAAGAGAAAGAAGAAAAAUUAUCAAACAUUGAUACUUUAAAUGUGAUGAUGGUUGGAAUUGACUCAGUUUCUAAACUAAAUUUCAUUCGUCAUUUUAGAAAAACAUACUCCUAUCUUCAAACAGUUUUAAAACCUUUUGAACUGAGAGGGUACAAUAAAAUUGCUGACAACACUUUUCCUAAUCUCACCCCACUUCUUACAGGAUUCUUUGUCAACCACUACUGGAAUAAAAAUAAAAAUAAAAUGUUUUUUGAUCACUUAGAUUUUAUUUGGAAAGAGUAUUCUGCAAGAGGUUACCGUACACUUCUUGCUGAAGAUUUGCCAAAGUUUGCCUUAUACCAUUGUGGCAGACGACGUGGGUUCCUCAACGUUCCUGUAGAUUAUUAUUACAGGCCCUUUUCCCUCGCUUUAGUACAAUCUGAUGCUGUGACUAAAAACAAACAACAGUGUAAACAUUCACAGUUGGAAAUGGAUUUUUUGUUCGAUUAUAUUAAACAGUUUACUUCGACAAUGCAAGAUAAAAAGUAUUUUGCUUUUGCUUUUUCAGCCAGUCUCACUCACGAUGUGGUAAAUUAUGCUGGAUUUGCUGAUACUCCAUCCUAUGAGCUUCUUCAGUUCCUUCAUAACAAUGGUAUGCUCAACAAAACUAUAAUGAUAUUUUUCAGUGAUCAUGGUUUACGGUUUGGCAAAAUAAGAAAGACGUUUAUGGGUAGCAUUGAAGACAGAAUGCCGUUUAUUUUCAUUAUAAUUCCUGAAUGGUUUCAGAAGAAACAUCCUCUAAUUACAAAGAAUCUGCGGACUAAUGAGAGACGACUAACUACACCACUUGAUGUCCAUGCAACUCUGGUUCAUCUUUUGAAGUUCACUGGAAACAGAAGUGGAACCUUACGAGAAACUAUUUCUUCUGGAAAAGGUAUUAGUUUGUUCGAUGAAAUCCCAGUAAAUCGCUCGUGUAAUGAUGCUUUCAUUCCAUCUCACUGUUGUGUUUGUAAAAAUCAGCAGAAAAUUUCAGUACAAGACCAUGUAGUUGUUUCUGCUGCCAACAUUCUUGUCGAUACUCUAAAUGAAUGGUUGAAAGAGUAUUCGGAUAAGUGUGCAAAACUGAAAACUAAAAUUAUUUUGGAUGCUCGUGUUUCUACAAGUGAGAACAAGUAUAUUUUCCAAGGCAAAACGAAAAAUAACCUAAAUACAGAAUACAUGAUAACCGUUAUUGCUUCUCCAAGCAAAGCAGUUUUUGAAGGGACUGUAAAGUUUAAUGAGCAAACAAAGAACUUGACUGUGACAGGUGACGUUAGUCGACUUAAUAUGUAUGGAAAUCAAUCUAUGUGUAUAUCAGAUGCACAGUUGAAGAAGUUUUGUUUUUGUAAGUGA